AUGGCAGACGAGGCGAAGACCGCUCCGUCGAGUUCCUUCUCGAUCGCGGAGGCGCGCAAGUGGGUGGUGGAGAAUAAGCUACGCACAGUAGGCGGGCUGUGGGCCAGCGGCAUCGCCGGGUCGGUGCUGUACAACAUGCGGAAACCGGGGGAGAGAAUGAGCGUCAAGAUCAUCCACGCGAGGUUGCACGCACAGGCUUUCACGUUGGCUGCGCUGAUCGCUGCUGCUGGCGUGGAGUACUGGGAGCAAUCGUCCAACCCUUCCACGAAAGAGGCGCGGCACCCGUUGUAA